AUGAGUCCACCAUCCACGACUCUGCACAUGUCACGUCAGCCAGUAGCUACAGUGUUCGGUGGAACCAGAAUUGGCAAUAGACCGCUAUUCACGCCAGAGAACGGCCUUGAUAGAUUCCUCAACAUCCUAGCUGAACACAGAGUUACCACCAUCGACACAGCGCAGAGCUACGGCAAUUCCGAGAUUACAAUUGGAAAAGUAAAGGCGGGCGAUAGAUUCACCAUUGACGCAAAAUGGAGUCCGUUGUGGAAUGAACCUGGCACGGCGUGGGCCACGCAAGCUCAGAUCACAAACUCUGCUAAAGACAGCAUCAAGAAGCUAGGAGUUGAUAUCUUCUACCUUCACAGGCCUGACCCCAAAACACCCGUCUCUGAAACGCUCGCUGCAGUGAAUGACGUAUAUAUAAGUGGUAUCUUCUGUCGCUUCGGGCUCUCCGGUUUCCCGGCCUCUGAAGUUGAAGCUAUACACAAUCACUGCGCCGAAAGGGGCUACCCUCUCCCCGCAGUCUACCAAAGCAGCUACAAUCCCUUCAAUCGAAACAAAGAAACAGUGCUCAUACCGACCUUGCGCAGAUUGGGCAUGUCCUUCUACGCAUACGGCCCAUCGGCUGGGGGGUUCCUCGGUAAGACUGUGGCACGAGCUGAGGAGAUGACACACGAUACAGCGCAAGUCUCUGCGACUUGUCGGCCGUAUAUCGGCAACCCCAAGUUUCUGGAAGCACUAAUCAGGUGGAAUGAUAUUGCAGAUGGUGAGGGUGUGAGUGGAGCUGAGCUGGCGUAUCGAUGGGUUGCAUAUCAUUCAGUGCUAAAUAGAGACAACGGCGAUGCGCUGAUCAUCGGCACUAGCAGUCCGGGUCAGCUGGAUGAGUCACUGAAUGGGAUCGAGAAGGGUCCGCUCAGUGGCAAGGCAUGUGCUGAUAUUCACGAUAUCUGGGAGAUAAUAAGAGGUCAGUCCUGA